GUACCCAGGCCACAGCACUAACACGAUCACCGUCAGGAAGCUGAUGACUGCGGGGACCAGAUGAUGGCUUCAGCCGUUAGCGUCUCUACACGGUCCGUUGCGCCCGCUUCUAAACAGUCGCUAGUUAAACUCGCUGGUGAAUCUUGAGGCACGGUUCACUUGGGGAGGGGCGUCGUUUAGUCGUCCGGAGAAGUUGUCUCAGCCGUGCCGUUUGGGAUGAGCGGCUUAUACGGAUGGAUUGCGGACGCGUGGCAACAACUCCCAAUGGCAAGAUGUUUCAAAGGUUCUCUGACCUCGAAUUGCUCGUAGGAAAUGCUGUCUCUCUACUGAAGCAGCGAGAGGAGGAUAUCGACCAGUCCCGUACAACACAUAGCGAGCAGCGUCGGGCCGGUGUGAUAUUGCUGCCAACAGCACGAUGUUAUCCACAGGUAUUCCGUGUUAAAUACGUACGAAUAGUAAGCUCUUCCAUCGUGUUGGGCCGUGUCCUCAGCUCAGUUACCAAUAAGAGAAGGCUCCUCUUCCUCCUCCCAGCGUCCAGAUUAGUAUACAGUAUAAGUCCAUGUAGUCGUGGAGACGGCUGUUAUCGUGCCUGGAUUGGACCGGGGUCUGGGCUGCCGUCUUUUAAACGGAGAAACCGUAUUCGCUGCUUCUCUGGACAGGGUUCAGCAUUGGCCAAUCUCCUCGUUUGCAGAACAGCUGCGACUUCCGAGCGGCCAACACAGAUCAGUCAGCCCCACGCCUCGUGGGGGUUUUGCUCGGAGCGUACCGUCUUGAUUUAGCACAAGCAGCACCAGGUCUCCUGAUGGCCCUUCUCCGCUCGAUCUCGUCUGCUAGCUUUGAAUGGGCACAGGCGUGCGUACUGUAGGAUUUGCCUGUAUGUCCGAGUACAGUGGGCUCAUGGGGCUUUGUUGAGGCGGCUGAUAAGAUAAUGAUCU